GGAAUUAUUGAUCCUCAUAACCAGUCUGUUUGUCAGGGCAGAAAAAACUUCGGGAGAAUUUACAUGAUGAUCAGAGUGAAAUGGACACCGCAUUUGUUACCCGAACCUGGCGGUGCCGUUCGUGUGAGUUCAGCUGAUAUCAAAGGUGUAUUACGUGAUACUGGCUCUCUUCUGAUCACCCUCCGCGUUUAGAAUCUCUCAACUCUAAGGAUAUCCAGGCGGCAGUUAUAGAAAGAUGGAAACAAAAAAGAAUCCUCUAUUCCUAAGAUAUGGAUGGAGAAAUUUCAGACCGGGAUAUCUUCAGUUUAUGAACAACUCCAAAUGUUUCUUGCUAUUUGCCACUGCUUUCAGUAUUAGUCAAGGAAUGACUGUUGGUGGUAUAAGCUCUGCCGUCCUCACAACCAUUGAAAAGCGAUUCCAGUUUACUAGCAGAGAAACAGGGUUCAUCGCUGCUUCCAAUGAUAUUUCUGCCAUUCUUCUUACAUUUAUCGCCAGUUAUUGUGGCGGCUAUGGAAAUAAGUCCAAAUGGCUAGGAUAUGGAGCUCUGAUAACAGGUGUUGGAUGCUUCAUACAUGCCCUUCCCCACGUUAUAAUCGGGCGAUAUCAACCAGAGGCUGACCACGGAGCCUCUACAGGUCAAAGGCAGCUCUUCUGUCACGUGAACACCACAAACACAACAUCGGAUUUAGAGGGUUCCCAGUGUUUAUCGAAAUACGCAAAGAACUGGUACUACCUCAUGAUCUUUUCGGUUGCGCAAAUGGUCAUGGGAGCUGGAACGUCACCCCUGUACUCACUAGCGCCCGCUUAUAUCGACGAGAAUGUCCACCCAAAAUCGUGUCCAGUCUACUUCGGUGUUUUCUUCGCAGCAGCAAUUGUUGGUCCUGGUUUAGGGUUUCUUGUUGCAGGUGCGAUGCUUACAAACUACGUUGAUCUGGAAAUGCCCAAAGGCUUUCACAUCACUCCUCGGGAUUCACGUUGGAUAGGGGCGUGGUGGCUUGGGUACGUAAUGGGUGGAAGCCUUCUCGUCCUUACUAGUGUGGCCCUUUCAGGAUUUCCACGGCAGCUUCCUGGUGCCAAAGAAAGGAGGGAACAAUUGUUGAAAGAAAGAGCCAUUCCUUUAAAAGACCAAAACGUAAUGGAGAACCUAAAAAGUAUUAUCCCAGCGACAAAGCAGCUUCUCAAGAAUCCUGUCUUCGUUUUUAAUGCUUUGGCCCUGUCGGCAACCACUUUUGGUAGCGCUGGCGUGGGGCCUUUCCUUGUGAAAUUCCUUUAUCUGAAGUUUAAUCUAAGUUUGGCCAUUGCAGGGCUGGCCGUUGGGAUAGCGGUGGCUCCUGGUGCUGGAGGUGGUGUUUUCUUGGGAGGUCUUGUUGUCCGUCGUUUCAAGUUAAAAGAGACACUCCUUAUGGCAGCUAAAUGCUGUUUGAUUAUCAAGGUUGCCACAAUAUUUACAAGUCUUAUUUGGCUAAUACCCGGAUGUGACGAGGUGCAACUUGCUGGGAUAGUCAAACCGUACUGGGACAGCACAAUGGGAGGAAAUUCUUUAAUUUCAACAUGUAACAAAAACUGCAGUUGCCCUCUGUCCCUGAUCAGACCUGUGUGUGGCUCGGACAAAUUAACAUACUUCUCUCCUUGUUUUGCUGGUUGCACUUCAUCAAACACUAGUGGGGUUUACACUGGGUGUAACUGUGUCUCGCCACCUUUUAAUGUCUCAACACCCUUGGCUUCUCGUGGAUUAUGUGACAGAGGCUCAGGCUGCAAAAAUUACAUCGUAUUUUUGGUCGCUGUGCUACUUCUGGUGAUGGCAGGUUUUACACUUUCUGUACCAAACAAGACUGUUGUACUUAGGUCAGUUCCUGACAACAUUCGCUCCUACGCAUUUGGCUUACAGUUUGUAUUCCAGCGAACUCUUGGAUUCAUUCCCGGACCGAUAAUUUACGGUUGGUUGUUUGACACUCGCUGCCUCGUUUGGGCGGAAAGCUGCGGCAGAAGAGGCAAUUGUCAGUUUUAUGACGUACAUAGUUUGUCCUAUGGCAUCAUGCUUCUCGCCGGAAGUUCCCAUGUGUUGGCUUCUUUAUUCUAUUUCAUUUCGUUUUGGUAUUGUCGCAAACGAACUACUUCAGACGAAGCGAAGAGCGUCAGGAAAACGGUAGAAUACGGCAAGAAAUUAAAUGAUCAGGACACAAGUGUGUAAGGGAAGUCAUGGGUUCCAAAUCUGUUCUCGAAUCCUUUUAUAAAAAGUGAUUAAUGGACACAACUCUAAUUCUCUUAGUGCUAGCUUCUUGGUGUCAACAUUAACAUUUUUAUCAUGGAGGGUGAGGUUUUUGGUCCAUAGUAUUAAUAUAACGCAACCGGAAGAAUGGUUAACUGAUUCAUACAAUAAUAGUAAUACGCAUAAUACAGUAAUAGUAAUACACGUUAUAGAAUAUACAAUCAGAACACGGAUAAUAAAAAUGUUGGAAAUUCUUAAAUUGUGACAUAGACCCAUACCCCAAUCUUACUUAAAUUGUCACCGCAACUAGUGGAGGAUGGUUUUUACGGCAAAAGAUCAUGAUCGGUUCAUAUUCUCUUGUUUUACGGCUUAUGGUUAAUAUUCUUUCCAUUAUGGUCACCAGAAAAAAAAUUUACGGAUAAUUUUUUUUUACGAUGAACGGUUAAUUUUUGUCAAUUUUUACGCCUUACGACUGAAUUUUUCGGCCGUUUCUCGGCUUAUGGUUGACCCCAUCGAGACCCUCCCAGUUACAGAGGCCGGCUUAUAUAGACAGUCUGACCGUCACAUUGGUUACUUAAUUAAGUACAGAUUUUUUCGACAAAGACUCUCCCGUCAUUUCAAUUUCGUUUUUAGUUUGGUCUUCGUUUACAUCAUCUUCAUCGUAGCUUGAUUUGCAAAACCAAAAGCUCAGGAAAAAGAAUAACACAGCCAGACCUGAGAAUUAAGAACGAAACAAUAGUUAGACGAAUUUAACACUUGAAGGAAAAACAGGUGUUUUAAGGCAGGCUUUAACAAAGGACAAAUUUGGUCUCUUGAGUGCAUUCAGAUGUCAAACUUUCCCUACUUCGAUACGACUUGUUGUAAGCUUUAGAAUUACUCUCAGUUGCUAUCGGCAUUAAAAAGGGAAAAAUAAUAAACUACAUAUUCGCCUGUUACA